GCUCAUGACGUUUCCUCACUCUAAAGAAUCAAUCUUAAACACGGAGCCACUCUCUACUACAAAAAAAACUGACACAACUACAACAUCCACCCAUCAAUCGCACCCACAGGGACCACGAGGGAAUUUGAGAAUCCUCCUCAAAUUACUGCUAAGUAGAUACACAGUACUAAAAUCCACCCCAAAACAUAAACCUCAUCCAAAAUGGGUCGCAUCGUUCGUGGUCAGCGUAAGGGUCGCGGGGGCGUGUUCGCCGCCAAGACCAAGCACCGCAAGGGCGCCGCCAAGCUCCGCUGCCUGGACUACGCCGAGCGUCACGGGUACGUGAAGGGCUUGGUCAAGGAGAUCAUCCACGACCCGGGUCGUGGCGCCCCGCUGGCCAAGGUCUACUUCCGGGACCCCUACAAGUACCGCAUCAACAAGGAACUCAUGGUCGCCGUCGAGGGCACUUUCACCGGACAGUUCGUCUACUGCGGUAUUAAUAGAAAACUUUUUUUUCUCCUGAUUUUCAUUGUCGCUCCUGUUUUCGGCAGCAGUGCGGCAGCGUUUACCAUUUUUGGUAGCUGUAGGACCACGACUCCUAGGGAUCGAGAUCGGCUUAGGAGGGUUGAGAUAAUUUAGAUUUCCAAAUCUUCUACCGAAUAUGGCGUGCAACACACCUGCUCAAUACCGGGAGAUUUAGAUGUUGUCCAAUGUCGCUCUUCGAGUUUUGGGAACUAUAUGCGAGGACUCGACUCUUCGACGUUGGUAUUUAUCUGUGCUAGAACUUAGAAUGCAGAUGCGCAACAUUAUCCUCUUUCUAAAAAUUCUAUCACAGGUAAGAACGCUCAGCUGGCCGUCGGAAACGUGUUGCCGAUUGGCAAGUGCCCGGAGGGAACCGUUGUCUCCAUGGUUGAGGACAAAUUCGCUGACCGCGGCUCCAUCGCCCGCGCUUCCGGUAUUUUUUUUUCAGAUUUAUCGAGCUAAUGUGUGAAAGUUUCAUCGCCCUUCAAUACUCGGCUGAUUUCGGUACAAUGGCUUUAGCAGAGUACAGCUCGACGCAUCCUCUUGGGUGUAGUGAGAGAUGAAGUUUUGCAGCUAGGUAGUACUCGGACAUCAGUCUAAGAGAUAGAGCGACUUGUUCGUAAGUGCUAGAUGAAUUUAAAUCCGGCUUUAUCCAAAUCCACUCUCCUCUUCCCCAAAGGUACCUCCUGCAUUGUGAUCGGUCACUCCGAAGACGGCAAGAAGUCCAUGGUCAAGCUCCCGUCCGGUACCCGCAAGCGCCUGAAUUCCGGUUCCCGCGCCAUCGUCGGCAUCGUCGCGGGUGGCGGUCGCAUCGACAAGCCGCUCCUGAAGGCCGGAACCGCGUUCCACAAGUACCGUGUCAAGCGUAACUGCUGGCCCAAGGUGCGUGGUGUGGCGAUGAACCCGGUGGAGCACCCCCACGGUGGUGGUAACCACCAGCACGUUGGUCACCCGACCACCACCGCCCGCAACGCGCCCCCGGGUCAGAAGGUCGGUCUCAUCGCCGCCCGCCGCACCGGUAUCCUUCGCGGUGGGAGCGGAAAGAAGUAAAUUAUUGCUUCUGCCAGACAGUGGGGUUGAGAUUCAUCUGAGAUGCCAUUCUCUCGCAGCUUUGAUGUUUUUUAUGUCAGAACGUGGGUGGACCACAGAUGGUAUCGAAAAUCAAUCCGUAGUGAGACUACUACUUUUGGGUGAAUUUAUAAUACUGUGAAUCUACUAGUAAAGUAGAGUUGGCUCAUCUCGCUGUGUGAGAGGAACCACUCCUACUACACCAAGAGGACAGAUAUGUCGGUUUUUACAGAUGGAAUGGACAACUAGGUGACCGCAGGAAAAUGUGGUAUUGGUUUAUCCCGAUCUAUACUUUCCUGUGAGAGCUUGAAGACAGUAAAAAUCUGAUCGGACCUAUCUUAUCGAAGACUUUGAGAAGAGGAUUUCAUAUUCAAAUUUCGAGAAAAAAAAACGAGAAGUGCAGCUCAGUUGCAAGCGCCUGCCGAGUGCUGGCGUAGAGCUGCGUUGAGGU